AUGAAGGAUAUUACGAAAGGCUUGGGUGCUGUCGGUGCUACUUGCCUUCCAGAAUGGGGACCAGAUGGUCUCCACUGGGCCUGGUUGGAGACGUUUCGGAAAUCUCGAGCGCAGGAAGAGCGCAAUUCGCAUCAUUAUAGCUCAGCGAAUACACCAAUAUUAACAAUGAUUGAUCCUUGGGGUAAAGGACCACAAGAGUACAAUCGAUACAAUAGCUGUAGCACACUUUCGGUGCCUAACUGCCAUCCCACAAGAAGGAAGCACGAGGGCCAGGAUACUGCCAGGUUGCCCAGGCCUAGACAGGGGAAGUCGAGAGGCAGAGGUCAGGGUUCGGACCACGGACCUUCCGGUCAGUAA